CACCGUAACAACGGCCAGCACGUCACGUCACGUCACGUCCCUCCGAGCUCGGGUCGGAUAACGAGGCAUUUUAUCCUGUUUUCCUUCGGUCGUGGUGGAUUUCGUUCUUUCGUUUCUUUUCUCUUUCUUUUGUCGACGUCGGCCAACUUACCAGGACAGUGUUUUGGGUCGUUUUUGCGUGACUUUGAAUUCUUCGCGGCUAUGGAGUGCGGAAUCACUGCCGCCGUGUGUUAGAAGCGGCGACCAGACAGACAGACAGAGAGGGAGGGAGAGAGAGACAGACAGAGAGGGAGAGAGAGAGACAGAGAGAGAGAGGGGAUUAGGGGGAGAGACCAUCGCUUUGCUGCGCAGAUAGACGACACGCCAGAGAGAAGAGCCAGUAUCAAAGGGGCAUUAGACGGAUUAAAACAAACGGACGUACGACUCGGUGCCUUGAUCCCGGGGCGAGAAUGGCCGGCACAGAGCGCGGGUCCAGCCUCCCGCUGGCCCUGGCAGUGGCCCUGGCAUGUCUGAAGUGCUGUGCCUCCUUCAAUCUGGACGUGGACAAACCCUCCGUGUUCUCCGGACCCGCCGGCAGCUACUUCGGCUUCUCGGUGGAUUUCUUCAAACCGCUGAACAACCAAAAGUCAGAUGUUCUCAUCGGUGCCCCCAGGGCCAACAGCUCGGAGUCCAGCAGCAGUGUGGUGGAGCGGGGUGCAGUCUACAGCUGUCCCUGGAGGAACUCUGCAGCGUGCCAGCAGCUGCAGUUUGACAGCACUGAUGACAGGUGGAGUUCAGACGGGAAACAGAUGGAGUUUAAAUCCAAGCAGUGGUUUGGGGCCUCUGUACGCUCCAGUGGGGAGCACAUUCUGGCCUGUGCCCCAUUGUACCAAUGGUCAACCUAUGGCUACCAAGAACGGGAGCCGGUGGGAACGUGUUUCCUCAAGAAAGGAGGCCAAGUGGUGGAGUAUUCACCAUGCAGAUCAAAUUACAACACACCAGAGGGUCAAGGUUUCUGCCAGGCAGGCUUCAGUGCCGACUUCCUAAAAGAAAACAACAGAGUGGUGGUUGGAGGACCAGGCAGCUUCUACUGGCAGGGCCAGCUGAUCUCUGAUGACGUGUCAGAGAUUUUCCAUCGAUUUGAUAAACAAUUCCAGACCCCCUACGGAAACACUCUGGCCACCAAGGCAGCCAGCGCCCAGUACGAUGACAGCUACCUAGGAUAUUCUGUGACAGUUGGGGACUUCAAUGAUGAUGGAAAGGAAGAUUACAUCACGGGGGUACCCCGGGGAGAAAAGGCACAGGGAUAUGUGAACAUAUUUAAUGGACACAACAUGGAGUCCAUGGUUAACUUCACAGGAAUGCAGAUGGCUGCCUAUUUUGGUCACUCUGUAGCUGCUACUGAUGUGAAUAAUGAUGGUAUGGUUGAUGUGUUGGUUGGCGCGCCUCUCUUCAUGGACCGAGGGUCAGACGGUAAACUGAGGGAGGUGGGGCAGGUGUGUGUGUACCUGGGCAGAGGGGGGUUUUCCUUCCAUCCUCCCCAGAAGCUGACAGGGUCUGAGGUUUAUGCCAGGUUUGGCUCUGCUAUUGCCAUCCUGGGGGACCUGGACCUGGACGGAUACGAUGACGUAGCCAUCUCUGCUCCCUAUGGUGGCCCCAACAACAACGGUUUGGUUUACAUUCACAAUGGCCGCAUUGGGGGACCUGACCCUUCCCCGUCCCAGGUCUUGCAGGGUAAAUGGGCAUCCAGUUAUAUGCCUGCUAGCUUUGGCUACUCCAUGACCGGAAAUACUGACAUAGACCAGAACGGAUACCCAGAUCUAGUUGUGGGUGUCUUUGGAGCAGAUAAAGCUGUUCUAUACAGGGCGCGUCCGGUCAUCAGUGUCAAUGCCACUCUGGACAUCACCCCUCAAAUACUCAACCCAGAGGACAAGAAAUGCACCCUGCCGGGCACCAGUACAUCUGUCUCUUGCUUCAAGGUGAAGUAUUGUCUGAAGGCCAGUGGCAGAGGUGCUCCAACCCCCCUCAGUUUCCGUGUGGACCUGGUGCUGGACCGUCUGAAACACAAGGAGGCUACCAAGCGUGUCCUCUUCCUGCAUAGUAAAACCUUUCAGUAUUCCAAGAACAUGACGGUAUUCAAUGGAAAAGGACCGGCCUGCGAGGAGCAGGAUGCAUUCCUCAGAGAUGACAGAGAGUUUCGGGAUAAGAUCACACCGAUCUCUGUGCUGAUGGAGUACAGUCUGGACUACAAGCUAGCUGCAGACAAAACUGGACUGCUGCCCAUCCUGGACAUGACUGCCCCUUCUAAUGUCACCAAACAGGCCCACAUCCUGUUGGAUUGCGGAGAUGACAACAUCUGUAAACCUGACCUGAGGCUAUCUUUAAAGAGUGACCGUGAACAGAUCUACAUCGGUGAUGACAAUGCUCUGACACUAGAGGUCAGUGCUGAAAACAGAGGAGAGGGUGCCUACGAGGCAGAACUUCACAUAUACCCCCCACCACAGGCCGACUUUACCGGCGUGGUCCGCAGUCAGCAGCUGGCAAGGCUGUCAUGUGCCUAUAAAAAGGAGAACCAGACCAGAAUGGUGGUGUGUGAUCUUGGCAACCCCAUGAAGGGAGGAACCAAGGUGUUGACGGAGCUACGAUUCAGUGUCCACCAGCUGUCAGAGCAGGACACGUCAGUCAAGUUUGACUUGAAGAUAGUCAGUUCCAAUCAGUUCAACAAUAUCAGUCCCCAAGUCUCCAGCAUCACCAAGCUUGCUGUGCUGGCUAAAGUCGACAUCAGAGGGAUGUCAUAUCCUGACCAGGUGUUGCUGCCCAUAGCCAACUGGAAACCCAAAGAGCCUCCUGUGGUGGGAGAAGACAUUGGGCCACUCAUACACCAUGUCUACGAGCUCCAUAACAAUGGUCCCAGUACAUUCAGUAAGGCGAUGCUGGACGUGGACUGGCCCCAUCGCUUUAACAAUGGCUCUCUGCUCUACAUCACGUCCUAUGAGACAGAUGGACCCAUCAACUGUACCACAGACGUGGUGAUCAACCCGCUCAACGUCUCUAAUCCAGUGUCGGCAGAGAAGACCAACAGUAGUUCCUCUACAGGAGAGAGAGGGACAGAGGGACGCAACAGGAACCAUGUCCACAAGAGAGACUUGGAAACAAGAGACACACAGGACAAUCAUUUUAUACUGGACUGCACCACGGUGGCGUGUUUGAUGCUGCGGUGUCAGGUGGGUCGUCUGGAAAGGAAACAGAGCGCCAUCCUCCACAUUUACUCCAGACUGGCUGUCAACAGCUUCCUCAAGUCCGAAAGUCAGAAUCAGUCCUACGUGGUGAGAUCCUCUGCCUCCUUUAGUGUCAUUGAGAUGCCCUACAAGAACCUGGUGUCAGAGCUACCAGCUAAUAGCACUACUGUGAGUGUGUCAGUGUUGUGGAUGACUGAUACUGACAAGCCAGUACCAGGGUGGGUGGUGGCUCUGGCUGUACUGGCAGGUCUGCUGCUGCUAGCUCUCCUCAUCUUUAUCAUGUAUAAGUUGGGCUUCUUCAAGCGGGUGCGCCCCCCGCAGGAGGACUGCACUGAGAAGGAGCAGCUGCAGCCGGAGGAGAAUGGCAACACUGACGCCUAGUGGACACUCUGGGGAAAACGCCAAACCGCCUGUAAGGAAUGGAAGAUGUAGUAGAGAGGGACAGUUCAGGGUAAAAUCCCCAUCCAUGGGGUACAAAUAAUGAGAAAAAUGUCAACCGAGAAUUUUCACUAAUGGAAAAAGAUCAAGGUACUUGUAAAAGUUGUGUAGUUUUUUUUCUUUUUUUUGGACAGUAACUUAACUUGAUGUUUGUGCCAAGAGCAGGAGUCUUCCUGGUGAAAGGUUUUCAAUCUGAAUAAUGCUGCUCUCCCUUCAAAUCCUCAAAAAUCAACUUGUAAUGUUUGUCUUUACUAACUCAGAUUGAAAAUGUACGCGGUUUCCUAGAGCUGAACUUGUUUCAGGACACAUGGGCUUCUAGCACAGGAUUUUCAAAGUCCAUAGUCAGCAACCUCAACGCUUGUUCUUCUCUCUGACUUUUAUCUAUGAUGUCUUCAUCGAUAGCAUUGGACAUUGUCCUCUACAUGCUUAAGGACACCUGGAUUUGACCUUGGCUCAAGAAGACAAUCUGAGCCCAAAACGCAAAUUAUUGUAGAUAACCAUCAAGGAUAAAAUGAAAUAGGAUUUUAUGGCCUCAAAAGCCAUACAAGCCUGAACUUCACCAUAAUUAAUGAUUCUCAACAAUGUUAAUGAUUCCAGGCGUCACCACAUCGGGAGGUAUUAAAAAAAAUCCCCUGACCUGACAUGACUCCCAUGUGUCCAGCUUUAUAAUACUGUCGUCUGAACUUUUUUGAACUGGCUCUUUGUGGAAAUAUUAAAGGAUUUGCCCCUUUUCUUUGAAUGAGGGCUGUUUUAGGAGUAAUGUGUUGGUGAGAGUAGGGGCUCUGUGAGGGUCUAAGUAUUUUUCUGGAUUUGGAUUAUCUUUAAGUUGACAUCUAAGGAAGGAUGUGUGUUAAACCUCCUCCACCCCAGCCAUCGACCUCCUAAUGUUCACAGCCCCAGUUUGUGCUCACCACUGAAGACCACACCCACAGAGCAGCUGGAUUUGGGGUAAAUACUUUGUAUUGAAGUGGCUUCACAGUCAGAUUGACUGAAGAUGGCCUGUUAUAAACUCACACCCUUUGCACCCUUCCCUCUUCCCCUCUUGUGCAGUGUUAUCUGACACUCGGGCAAUCGGAGCACCAAACAGAAAGCAAUAAUGUGGCGUGAAUGAAAUUAAGACGUUUGAAAUCAGUUUUGGGCAGCAUGGUGACACAGUGGUUAGUGCGAUUGCCUCACAACAAGAAGGUCCUGGGUUCGAGCCCCGGGGUUGUCCAGCCUUGGUGGGUCGUCCCGGGCCGUCCUCUGUGUGGAGUUUGCAUGUUCUCCCCGUGUCUGCGUGGGUUUCUUCCCACAGUCCAAAGACAUGGAGGUCAGGUGGAUCAGCCGUACUAAAUUGUCCCUAGAGAUGUGUGUGUGUGUGUGUGUGUGUGUGUGUGUGUGUGUGUGUGUGUGUGUGUGUGUGUGAGAGAGCAGUUAGUAUGAAGACCUUUUUCAGAUGGAUUUGACACAAUGCAAUCAUUGUGCGAGGCCAUUUGUGUUUGUCUUUGGGGUGCGUGUGGAGGUGUUGGCAGUGGUUGUGUUACUUUACACACUGCCAUGAGAUGUGUGACGGAACUUGACACGGAUCAAACCGUUGGUGGAGGAAUGGUGGUUUACCUUUGGCAGGGGCCCGGCUCGUUUCAGUGGCGUGGUGUUGCUCCGGCAGCCUGCUGGGGGACGUGAUACAGCGGUUACUGAAUGAUGGGGUUGGACAUAAAUAGUCCAGUUUCCUGGCCUGGACGGAGGCCUCAGUUUCUCUGCUCUUCCACUCAUGUUCAAGUCCUGACUCGCAGUGUGUGUGAAGGAUGACCAUCCAAGAGCAGGUUGGUGGUCACAGGUGUCUUGCCGCGCGUGAAUGUGUGCAGUGCUGUGUGUAAAAACGGUGGUUUGAGUUCGCCCAUAUUGGGUUUGUGAUGGAGGUGACGUUUAAAGCUGAUUUAUAAUUAAGGCAAUAAUCUAAAUAACGAUCAAUACAAUAACUUCACAGAAACAUACUAAGGACCAGAUUAUGUGUCCCAUCUCUUAGACUGGCAUCUUCUGAACUGCCCUCCUGUUUAGGUUGCUUUUGUCGCAGCACACCGGGUGUUGUGAUGUGGUGGCUAGCGUUCAGAGCACACGCCGAGUCCCUGCGUAGCAGCUCUGUUCAAGUGAUGCUGCCCCUGCACAGCCAGGUCAACUCCGCCACACACAGGGACCACAUCAGAGCUCACGGUUUGUCCACCAGCAGUGUUGUUGAACCAGAGGUGGGCUGUGUGUUGUUGGGCUGCAGAUAUGGAUUUGUUGGUCUGGAAAUUAAAUCGGCACCCUGACCUUUUAACCUUCUUAAAGACACUAAAAGCAGUUAUGGCAGUUUACCUUUGUGGGAUGAAGCAUUCAAGCUAACCCUAACCCGAAUGAAGCAUUAAACACGACCACUGUUAUGGAGAUGAACUGAUGCUGCUAUUGGCCUGCAGCACGGCGGCUCGGUACCAGCGCCCCCGCCCGUUACUCCACCCCACGCGAGCGGCCAUGAGGCAGCGCAGCACAUAUCCAAGAGAAACUACUGGGUUGGUCUCAUGCCAGAAGGAUGGUAGAUCGUUGGAGAAAUUGAAAAAAAAGUUUCAGGGGCGUCCGGGUGGCGUGGCGGUUUAUUCCAUUACCUACCAACACGGGGAUCGCCAGGUUGAAUCCCCGCGUUACCUGCGGCUUGGUCAGGUGUCCCUACAGACACAAUUGGCCGUGUCUGUGGGUGGGAAGCCGGAUGUGGGUAUGUGUCCUGGUCGCUGCACUAGCGCCUCCUCUGGCCAGUCGGGGUGCCUGUUUGGGGGUGAGGGGGAACUGGGGGGGAAUAGCGUGAUCCUCCCACGCACUACAUCCCCCUGGUGAAACUCCUCAAUGUCAGGUGAAAAGAAGCGGCUGGUGACUCCACAUGUAUUGGAGGAGGCAUGUGGUAGUCUGCAGCCCUCCCCGGAUCAGCAGAGGGGGUGCAGCAGAGACCGGGACGGCUCGGAAGACUGGGGUAACUGAUCAGGUACAAUUGGGGAGAAGAAGGGGAAAAAUCCAAAUAAAAAGAAAAGUUUCUCACUAAUAUUGGUCCAGACUACUGGUUUGAGCCAUGUUGCUUGGCAAAGUCACUGAUAAGUAAACUGUGAUCAGUAGUGGCAGUGAUGAAGAGUGCUGGCAGUGAUGAAGUGGCGUCAGCGUAUCUGCGAAGUGGAAGCGUAGCUGUAGCACACAUGGUAAACUUCAUUCCUUUUGCAACUGCAGAAUGACUCUAAAUGCACUGUGGGAGGGUUGACACAUAUUUCCCCUGUGGGUUCUGAGUGGAGACAUUUAGUGUCGGUCAGAACUGCCACCUGGACUUCCAUCGGUCAGCGGGGCCAGCAGGGCUGGGGUCCACCUUCUCAAUCCAGCCAACUCAACGUGUCACAUGGAAUGACAGCGGGUUUUAUUUGACAGAAAACAAGAUUAUCUGUCGGUUCUCCUGGCCUUCUUUGUGUUAAGAUUGUUUUUCCUUUUUUAUUUCGCCAUGUUAAUAAGCACGUCUAGAAAAUAAUGAUUUUCAAGUCUUGAAGUGUGGGAAUUUGCAAGGGGUUAAUUCACAACAAUACUUUUUUUAAGUAGUCGUAAUCACAUACUGUAAAGAAUAAUAUUUAGCCAGAGAUGAUGUAGCAGUCAUAGUGCCCCGCCGCUAUUAGCAUACAUAUAUAUAUAUAUGUAUGUGUAGUGCUGAAUCUGGACCAAAGUCUUGAAAUCCAGUAAAGGUCUGGAAAUACAGGAAAACGUUCAGGAAGCCUGGCUGUGCUUUAUCUUUGUCAUUGAUGCAUUACUCGUGCAUUACUCAUGCAUUACUCAUGCAUUAUGUGGUGAAACAGAAAUCACCCUCAUAUGUCAGAAGUAAACACACGUGUUCUUGUCUUGGUGGUUGAAUUGAGAGGGACAGAGUCCAGGCCUGCUGCUGUUUACCUUGACCGACUUUCACUGCUGAGCCCGAUCCUGUCUACACACCUGGACUUGUACGCUACUUUUAUGAUAUGUGCUUCCAGUCUUUCCACUGAGAGAAAAUAUUGGCUCUUUUUUGAUGUAUGUAAUCUUUCACCUUGAUUCAAUAAAAAAAACUAAUAUUUCUCAUGGAGGUUAUUUCACUUUUAAACUGAAAUAAACUAAAAGAUUUUGUUCA